AUGAGAAAUGAGGGACUGGUGAAGCUGCUGAGUGGGGAAAAGCGACAGUUAAGGGAUGGGGUAAGGGGAUAGUUAAGGGGAAGAUGGUGAAGAAGGUAGAGGGGAUUCUGAAGAGUGUUUUAGACUACGUAUGGCUUCAGAAGAGCGAUUUUUUAGAGAAAAAAGCCGUUUUUUGAGGGGAAACGGGGAGAGAAAGUCGAUUUUUAGGUAACAAAUAGUAGGAAAUUAAAAAAUCUGUAAAAUACAAAUGAUGUAGAAGAGUCUAAAGAUUUAAAAAAAAUAUUUUUGGGAUAAGCGACAACGUUUAAAAUGGCAUUUUUAUUUAUUAAGGAAAAUGCAAAAAAAACCGAUUUUUCAAGGGAAAGUCCGAGAAAAAAGUUAAAUUUAGGUAACAAAAAGUAGGAAGUUAAAAGAUCUGUAAAAUAAAAAUGAUGGAGGAGAUCCUAAAGAUUCUAAAGAAAAUAUUUUUUGAAACAGCGACAACUUUAGAAAAUGUUUUCAUAGCCUAAGCUUAAAAAUCUGAUAUUUUAAGGAAAAAAUGAUAAAAAGAUCAAGCUUAAAGCUAAGAAAAGCUUGUUUAGACUAAAAAUUAGCCCUGGCUUUAACCCAGAGCUCCAGACCUAACCCUAUCCCUAGCUCUAUCCAAAGCCCAGAGCUUUAGAACUGGGCACAUAGUACACUAUCAUUACUGAGUAAUGUAUAAUUUGGCGAUGAAAAAAGUAGUCAAGUUAAAUCUGAUUAAAAUGAAUUUCUAAUAGUUUGGCGACAAAAACGACCACAUGUCAUAGGCGCGACAUGGAUUUUUUUGACGAAAAAUAUGAAAAAAUCAUCAUUUUUGGCUAAAAUUUUGAGGUUUUUGGAAGAUUUAUGGCUUUAAAAGGUGAAUUUUUUAGAGCGACAAUUUUUUUUAUUUGAAACUUAGUUUUAAAAUUUCAUUUUGAUCUAAACUUGCCGAAAAAAUUUGGGUCGUGCAAUGAAUUUUCCACAGUACCGUCAUAUUUAAGUCUGCACUGUGCAGUCACGUUUAAGGCUUGCACUGUGCAAAAGUAAAGUCUGCAUCGUGCAAACCCCAAAUUUAUAUUCAAUGAACCGCCAAACUAAGCCUAUUGUAAAAAAGACAAUUCUAAAACAAAAGACCUCAGACCAUAGACAAUCGAACCCAAAGAGACCCCAGACGACACGAGAAAACCGUCUUCUGAAUCCAAUUUGUCGCUUCCAAAAAAGAACAAACAAACCGUCGCUUUCGCACGGUGCGGCACGGAGAAGCGCCUCAAUUUCACGUGCCACUGAACUCGGCAAUGUUUGAGGAAGAGGGCAAUUUGGCGAUAGAUGAUUGCGCGACAGAAUUUCAAUGCUUUUCGAGGAGAUUCGCGACAAAGUUUGGGUAGUUUUUAGGUAUUUCAGAGAGGUUUGAGGUAGUUAUGGUUGAAGAAUAGUGAAUAUUAGUCAUAUUUUUGGACAAAUAGGUAUAAAAUUGUAGUCAAGUAGACCAGUAAAGAGGCUGUGUCGCGGCCUAAAUUUUUGGCUAGACCCGGGCCUUUCAGAUCUAUAUAAAAAAGCAAAUAUAUCACAUUGAAACACAAUGCCAAGUAGCAAAAAGUUUAAAAAAAGUAAAAUCUUUAAUGAACUAGGGCUAAAACUAAGGCUACGGCCAAAACUAGAUCAUGAACUAGAUCUACUAGUUAAGACUUGAGACAAAAAUAGGGCUAGUGCUCUGGGCUAGAGCUCUGGGCUAGGGCUCUGAGCUAGGGCUUUGAGCUCUGGGCUCUAGGCUGGACUACUGGCUAGGAUUGGUGGUUAGGACUAGAACAUGAACUAGGGCUUUGGGCUAGAGUUCGAAGCUCUGGACUAAGGCUAAAGCUCUGGGUUAGAAAGUAAUAUUUUCAAGUACGGGUACUCCAUCGCUCUCCUUUCUCCCUCCCCCUCCCCCCUUCUCUUCUUCCCUUUAACAACACCCCUGCAUUUACAUGAUCUUACUACAUACAGAGUUAGUAAAACAAAUCUGAAGUCAGCUUUGCAGCUCAAGCAUCUCUUUUAUUAUAAAAAAAAACCUAAUCGAAAUUCCAGAAACAGAAACGAAGCGACAAACAAAAAAUAGUUGCCAAGCCAAAAGAAGUCUAGAGACGAGCAGCUGCCUUUAAAUGGAAAUUAAGAAACAAAAAAACUCGUCUGUCGCGACAUUUUUGAUAUAAGUGAAAAAGAGAUUUUUAGGUAACAAAAAGUCAGAAAAUCAAAUUUUAAAACUUUAAAAAAUUUAAAAAUUCUGAAAUUUUGAAAUUUAAAAUUUCGAAAAAAAUUUAAAAAAGUAGCAGUAGCGGUUAGUUAAGUCGAGUUUAACAUUGUUUUUGACUUCGGAAUGGCCUCCAAAAAACGCAACAAAUUCAGCUGUCAAUUUGAGAGUGCGCGACAUCAACGUUCUCGCUUUGAUGUGACCGCCAUUCCGAAAUGAAUUUGCAAUUGAUAACAGUAAUCAACAAGGUUUCUACUUUGAAUUGAACUUUUUAUUUACUAUAGUAAGAAGAAGACUAUAGUAACUUCUCUAACACUAGCCCAGAGCUCUAGCCCAGAGCUUUAGCCUAAAGCCCUAGUCUAGAACCCUAUCCCAGAACGGUCCAGUCUAUUCUAGUAAAGUUUUGUCUAGUCCAGCCUAACCCAGGCCAGCCCAGCAUAGCCCAGCCCAGCCCAGCCCAGCCCAGCCCAGCCAAGCCCAGCCAAGCCCAGCCCAGCCCAGCCCAGCCCAGCCCAGCCCAGCCCAGCCCAGCCCAGGCCAGGCCAGGCCAGGCCAGCUUAGCAUAG